GUUAUUUGUCUCUCGAUCUCAUUCGCUUUGGCCGAUGUUCUCACCCGGCUAUCUGGCCCAGUGCGAUCUCACGAGUCUAGCAAGGAAUCUGAUCACCUCCCGCCUCUUCGAUACCGCUGAUCCCUAUCAUAUGUCUUAUCGCGAAUUUCUCAAGGUCGUGGUGGCGCGUCUGCCUCAUCGAGGCGAUCCUGUUAAAUCUCACUGCCGCCUUAUCUCAUCCCUGCCUUUCUUCUCGACUACCCUAUGGACACUCCCCCAAAGUCAGAGAAGCUUGCCGCAGAGUCGGCAUCCCUCGCGGAGCCGGUCGCGGCUGUCUACCCCGUCGAUGACAAUGCGAAGCUCGCCGAGCUGGGCUACCGCAGCGAGUUCAAGCGCGAGUUUUCGCUCUUGGAGACCUGUGCUUUCAGCUUCAGCAUCAUGGGAAUCGUGGCCUCGGUCUCGUCCACCUUGUCGUUUGGGCUCGUCAGUGGCGGUCACGUCGGGAUGGUGUUCGGAUGGCUCAUUCCUUGCUUGUUCGUCGGGUUUGUGGCGUUGAGUAUGGCUGAACUGGCUUCGUCGAUGCCGACGAGUGCCGGACUGUACUACUUCUCGGCCAAGAUGGCGCCCGAACGUUACGCGCCUUUGGCAAGCUGGAUCACGGGCUGGGCCAACAUCACGGGCCAAGUCACCCUCGUCUGCUCGAUCGACUUCACCUGCGCCCAAAUGAUCACGACUGCCAUCGCUGUCAGCUCCGACGGGGCGCACGUCCUGUCACUCGGCGCGACGUACGGCAUCCUCGUCGCGAUUCUCGUCUCCCACGGGCUGGUCUGCUCUGCGGCCACGAAGAUCCUCGCGCGUUUGAACAUCUUCUAUUAUCCCGUAUCAGUCGGUACUACGUUCGCGGCCAUCAUCGCGCUGCUGGUCGCGUCCGGCGGCAACAAGGUGUCCACUAAAGACGCCUUCACGUUGUUCGAGAACAACACGGGCUGGAGUAACAACGGAUGGGCUUUCAUGCUGGCUUUCACAGCACCGAUGUGGACCUUGACGGGCUAUGACUCUGCGGCCCACAUAUCUGAAGAGACGACCAAUGCUGGCCGUGCUGCUCCCAUAGCCAUUCUCGUUGGAGUCGCUGCCACGGCAAGUCUGGGCUGGAUUCUUCUGAUUGCCACGUCCUUUGUCAUUCCUUCUGUCGGCGAUUUACUGGGCACCACUCUGCCGCUGCCGAUGGGCCAAGUGUUCUUGAGCGUACUCGGCAAACGUGGGAUGCUGGCCAUUUGGUCGUUCAUCAUCGUCGUACAGUACGUGACUGGCGCAGCCCAAGCUGUUGAUGCGUCCAGAGUCGUCUUCGCUUUCGCGAGAGACCACGCGCUGCCCGGGUCGAAAUGGUGGAAGAAGAUGAACAAGAACGCGGUCCCGGUCAACGCGGUGUGGUUCGUCAUAUUCUGGUCAGCCAUCGUCGGGCUUCUGGGCUUCUCGACUGCAGCCUUGACCUCGCUUGCUGGCGCGUCUGUUAUCGGACUGUAUACUUCGUACGCCACCCCCAUUUUGCUGCGCAUUACCUCCGGCCGCGACAAGCUUGUCCCCGGCCCGUUCUCCCUCGGCAAGUGGUCCACCGUCGUGGGUGCGAUCGCCGUGGCCUGGGUCACUUUCGUGGUCGUGCUGCUUUUGUUCCCGCCCGGACAGAGCGCCACCGCGCAGGACAUGAACUACGCCGUGCUCAUCGUGAUGGCCAUCUUUAUCUUCGCCACGCUUUCGUGGAUCGUGUCGGCUCGGAAGUGGUUUAAGGGCCCGGUGCGCACGGUCGACGAAGCACCGAUUAGCGAGAAAUGACGCGGGGCCCUUUCUUCACAUACACGUUUUGUUCGAGAUCCAGACAAUGAAUAGAGAUUGCCCAGAUAAGUGGGAGACCCUC